GAGGACUAGAGUCAAUGUAGCGUGCCUGCUAGGUUGCUCCCCAUCGAGGCCCGACCGACCGCCCCCGAAGAUGACGUCGCCCGCUGCCUCGCCGGCGGCCGCGCUGGACUCCGUCACCCGCACCCUCUCCGAGAUUUUGGGACGCGCCGGCGGCGGAGGAGACGACUUCCUGUGGGACCCGCCCCGGCGGUUCGCUAGCUUCGCCCAGCGCCUCCAGCUUGUCGCCCACCACCUCUCCCGCUCCCCGCCGGAGAUCCUCUCCGCUUCCCCCGCCGUCCACACCGCCCUCCGAGGCGUCGCCGGCGACCUCGAAGCCUCCUGUGCCGCCUUCUCCACCUACCGCUCCCGGUGCCGGAUCUAUGUCCUCAUCAACUGCAAGCCCCUUUGCUCCUCCCUCCGCGACCGCGUCUCCUCCAUCGCCUCCUGGCUCGCCCUCCUCGACUCCCCCCUCUCCCCUAUCCCCGACCUCCGCAAGAAGGCCGCCGAUCUUUCCCGCGACAUGCAGCAAGCCGACCUCCGAGUGACGGAGAACGAGGAGAGGGUGUACACGACGCUCCAGAAGGAGGCGGAGGUGCGGGAGAGCAGCAAGGCGGUCCAGAGCGCCAUCAUGAUGGAUCUCGCCCGCGCCCUGGGGAUGGACUUUACCGACCAUGGCAAACUGGCGGAGCAAAUUAAGCUCUUGCGCUCCGAUCUCUCUGGCUCGAGCACCGUUGCCGAGCGGCGGAUCUUGAUGUCGCUGGAGAAGAUCUUCGACAGCUGGUCCGUGGAGCCCUGCAUCGCCGAUGGAUCUAACGCUGCCGACUUCGAGGAUGAUGCCCACAUUCCGCCUUUCAGGAACUUUCUGUGCCCGCUUACCAAGGAAGUGAUGAAAGAUCCGGUCGUCGUGGAGUCAUCGCAGACCUAUGAGCGCACCGCCAUCCGGUACUGGUUCGACCGGUGCCUGGAGGACGGCCGAGACCCGACUUGCCCGGUCACCGGGCAGGUCCUCAGCUCGCUGGAGCUGAAGCCCAACAUUGGACUCGCAGGGGCGAUCGAGGAGUGGGUUAAUCGGAAUGUCGAGAUCCAUAUUAAGUCAGCAUUGCAGUAUCUUGGCGAGGGAUCGUCUUGUCCACUUGAGUGCUUGGAAAGUGUGCUGGAUAAUGUUUAUAGGAUCUCCGAGGAGCACCCGUCGAGCAGGUAUAGAGUGAGGAAUGCAGGAAUUGUUGGUCUUGUGGUCAGGAUGCUCAAUGAACGGUCGAAGCGAAUGGGUUCGCAGUUGAGGGGCAAGGCACUUAUGGCCAUGCAUAGCAUGACCAAGGAUGAUGAAAGCAAGCUAAUUAUGAUCGAAGAAGGUAUAACUAGAUUGGCGAUACGUAGUCUGACCGGGCAUUCAGAAAUGGAAAAAGAGUAUGCUUUGAGGCUUUUGCUUGAAUUCUCGUGUGAUGAAGGCUACUGUAAAAAAAUAGCACUGGAGAAAGGGGCUUUAGUUCUUCUCUCUAGUAUGGCGGGAAGCUCAGAAUACCCUACAUUAUCUAAUCUAGCUGAGGAGGUCCUAAAGAACAUCGAAAGAGUGGAAGAGAACAUUCAACAUUUAGCAAUAGCGGGAAGAUUUCAGCCAUUAAUCACUCAACUUUGCAAAGGUUCUGAAGAUGUUAGAAUGGAGAUUGCAUUACUUGUGGGGAAGAUUACUCUGACAAGCAAUGGGAAAGGCUUUAUUGCUAGGCAAGGAGGAAAAGUACUGGUUGAUAUGCUUUCAUCGCGGGAGGAAAGGGCAUCCAGCUUGCAGGCAUUAUAUAAUCUAUCAACCUUGGAUGAUAAUGCUACUGUUCUUGUUAAUUUGGGUGUGCUUCCAGCACUUAUGAAUAUUCUUUUCACAACACAGCAAGAUGAUCCUUCUGACCUGAAAGACUUGGCAGCUUCAAUAAUAGCAAAUAUUGUUGCUAACUCGGGGCACUGGGAAUUGUCACUUGCAGACAAAGAAGGGCAUCGAAUGCAGUCAGAAUUCAUCAUACAUAGACUUUUGGAUCUUCUAUCCUGUUCAUCUUGCAAAUGCCAAGCUUCUGUUCUUCAGAUUCUUUGUGGAAUUGCAUCUUCUCCCCAGGCAUCAGAUAUGGCAGCUACUUAUAUAAGAAGUGGGAAUGGCACUGUGAUAAUUGCACCUUAUCUUGAGCACUCAGAGAUCGGACAUAGAAUGUAUGCUUUUAGGCUUGUAAGAAUAUUGUCUCAAAGACUAGGCGAAGUUCUCGCCGGGGAGCUGCGAGCUUCUGACAAGCUACCAUUACUAAAGGGAAAAUUAUUGGAUAAUGAAUGUUCAUUUGGUGAGAAAUGUGAAAUAGCAUGCCUACUUGCCAACCUUCCCAUCUCAAAUGAGGAGGUGAAAACAAUUUUAGGACCUGAUCUUCUGAAAUGGAUAGUCAGUAACAUCAAGGAGCAACAAUCCAGUGUUUCUGGAAAGAACAAGAACGCUAGAAGCAUGGUGGAAGGGCUUGUUGGCCUCUUAUUGCACUAUGCAAGGAGUUCUGAUCCAGCGAUACUGGCCCUUGCUCAAGAAAAUCACUUCAUGACCAUUUUCCGGGAACAACUCAACAGUCGUUCGCAUAACAGAGCAAAAGAGCGAGCUGCCCUUGGUUUGAAGUACCUCUCUGAGUCCGCUAGGGCAUUGAUUGCAACUGCAGACUCGGAACCUCAACCUCCCCGUGGGUUUUGUGCUCCCUUAGUCUUGAUAUGUGGAAAGCCACCAAAGGAUCCUGUCUCAUGUCCGCUACAUGGUGUGGUGUGUGAGGAUGAUAGCUCCUUUUGCUUGCUGAAAGGAAAUGCGAUCAAGCCACUGAUUGAUCUUAUGAAUGAUGAGUACACAGACGUUCAAAUAGCAGCAGUGGAAGCACUUUCCACAAUUGUUUCAGAUGCUCAAAACCUUAAGAGUGCAACUAAUGAACUAGAACAGCUUGGCUUUUUUGAUGCUGCAAUCUAUCUAUUCAAAGAGGUUGCACCAGGGGAGCUUCAGGAAAAAGUGAUAUCAAUGGUGGAAAGGUUCCUCCAAGUAGAAAGUCUUGUCCAAUUGUAUUCAACUGAUCAAGCUCUGGUGAAUGCAUUGGUGGAAGCAUUGAAACAGGGGACUCCCAGGACCAAAAGGCAUGCUCAGAAUGUUUUAACUAAUCUAAGGCAAUUAUCUGGUGUUGGAGGCAGAAACUCAAAUCCAACUCCUGGGAGGAGGACUUAUCGGUUAUCUGAUUAAACUAAAUCAGCUGCAUGCAUUUGUUGUUGUAUUGACUGAUGUAAGUGUGGAAAAUACAGAUGUAAGUAGAUUGCAGGUUUGCUGGAUUAAAAGUAAGGAACGAUUCUGUAUGGGGCUGCUUAUUGGUGCAAAUUGCAGGGACGUGAGAUUGGGAAGCACUGAAGAUACCCAUGUGUAGAAUUUUGAAGAUUAGUGUUCCACAAUUUUGGUCGGCAGAUUCAGCAGUUUCAAGCCUGAUGGUGCCUGCCACUCCUUGUUGUACAUCUGUAUGCAUAAAGAUUUAAUUAAGUUCAACAAUAAUAAGUUUCCAAUGUAAGCAAAACGUAUGGCAAGCUAUAGCAAAGCUUGUAGCAACUACAAUGAACUUGAGGCUCCAGAUUGCUGUAACAUGAUCUUGAUUAUAAAAGAUUUCUUCAUAACUCUGCUUUAACUGCUACUUUGUAAUUGUAUUUGUAGAAUGAAUUAAUUGAUUCUUUGUUUUUCCCUUC